AUGAGGAAACUCGAGGACACGCUGACGACGGACGACCUGGUCAAUAGUCUCCUCGCGUCCGUCUCGGAGCGUCCACCGCCGUCUUCGCCCCACAGCUCGAGCCACGAGACGCCUUCAGUGCCCAUCCCCCCGCCUCGAGCUUCUCUCGCUCCUUCCAGCGAAAUAGAGCCGUCAAUAGAAACGCCGGACCACGCGACCGAAAAAACCUCAUCGACGCUAACGAGUACCACGCCAUCCCCUAUUUCAGUAUAUCCUAUCCCACCGCCUCCCUCGCUGCCCCCUCUGAACCCGGCACCCGAGACAACCUUAGCAAGCGACAAAGGAGCAGGAGUCCCCAAUUCCACUACAAAUUCCAGUACAAAUUCCAGUACAAAUGCCAAAAACAGUGACAAGAGCAGCAGCGGAGGCGCUGCUCUCUCAGUCGGCAUUGCAGUGGGGAUCCUGAUCCUCGUGGUGGCUGCGCUGUUGUUCUUACGGUCCCGUAAACGUCGCAGUGUCAAGUCACGCGCGUCUUUUGACGCGCUCUCAGCAGGUGCAGCAGCCUUAAGAGUCCCCACAGAUCGUGGGUUCCAGCACGAGCACGACUUGGGCUUACCCGAGAUGUCCAUUGAGCUCUCGCCUGGGAAUUUGGGGCUUUCCAAGGGCUUUGACACGAGCUUCGCGUCGUCCACGAGGUCCAGUCAGUCGACGAGUUUCCAGCCCAAUACAAGCGUCGCCAGCAGUACGGACAGCAGUGUGUUCAACACGAAGGGAGGCGUGAGUCCCACGACGGCUUUUUGUAGCCGCAAAGUAGGUGGCAGCUUUUCGUACCAGUACCGGGAGUCGGAAGACGAGAAACGACCUAUUGCAGCGGAUUUAGCUGCCAGCACGACGUUCCAUUUAACGGGGUUGAUUGGCAAUGGACAGACGAGCGGUCGAGGAGGAGGAGGGGGAGGAGGGUUGAACCAAUCACGGGUAGCUAAAAGCGGCCGCAAGCUGUCGGCUCCAGAUGAAUAUGCGGAGCUCGUGACGACGACCAAUGCCCAUGGAAACGUGGAUCAUUUGAUGCACCCUCGCGGAUCGCCAAUGAGGGAAAUGGUGAUGCAGGCAGAUUUUACACAGAGUGGCUCGAGCCAGAACGAGCUCGAGGUGAGCAUGGGACCGGAUGGCGAUAACUUCAGUUUUGUCGCUCCAUUGCCGGUAAAAAGGGCGCCAGUGAUGGCGGUUCGAGCAUCGGACGAAAGUUUGGGACCAGACUCGCCACUGGCUAGAAGUGGUCGACGGCCUGGACUCGCGUAUGAUGCGCUGUCGAGUGUAUCGAGAGACAAGAGGUCGGCGUUGAGGCACCAACAGAUGGGGACGGAAGUCGACUUGAACGCCAUGUCGACCGUGUCGUUUCUGUCCGAGUCGUCGAUCUCGUCGACGUCGACGAGCGAUAGUAUGACGACGUCGUUGCAUGUCUCGGGGCAUGAACCGUGUAUGCCGUUACUGCAGCAAUUGUCGAGUGCGGACGACAGUGACUAUGGGGAAGAGAUUGUAUCGGGCCGUGUCUCCUUGGCGUCUUCCGAAGAUGCAAAGAUGGCGCGGUCCGGGUCGCUCAUUGCGCUCAAGCUCGAAGCGAACAGCGGGUCCAGUGAAAUUGCCAUUUAA